AUUAUCCGAGAGAAGAAGAAGAAGGAACGGGGAAAAGAAGAAGAUGGCUAUCUCGGUGCGAAGAAAAACCAAACACUGAGGAUUUUUAGGGUGAAUUAACCAGAAAAUCCGACCAAAUAUAAAAAUGUCGGACCCGUUGGAGGCUCGAACCCUCCAGGACCGACUGGACCGUCUCCAGGAGCUGACAGAGUUCACGGAAAACUGUAGAAAACAGCUAAACGGCAUAUUUGAAACGCUGGGAUGGUCGUUGGACUACAACGACUCACAACUGGAGGAAAUGGAGCUGUGUCCGUAUGACCCCAACCACAGAGUCCCAUCCAGGAGCAUGGAGAAACACAAAGCCUCCUGUCAGCUCAGGAAGAUGGGCUACACUGCUGAGGAUCAGGCAGAGAUGGUCGACCCCUCUGUGUGUUACGAGAACACCAGUGUGAGAAGCUUUAUAAUGGAUAAAUCCACCCAGCAUCAGGUGAUCCUGCAGGCGCGGUCUGCUGCUCCGCUGAUGAAGAUGGAAGGAGUCUUCUGGCAAGGUCAGUACUCCGGCCAGCCUGUGGAUGUUCCUCAGAACCACAAACGCGCUGUGUGCGACCUCACUGUGGCUGAUCGAUUGGCUCUGUACGAUCAUGUGGUCAGCGUUUUUAACCAACAGAAGAACGCCGCUUCCUCCAGCAAUGACGAUCUCUACGUAGAUUUGGUGUCCAAACUCAAGAAAGAUGAUGAACAGAAUGAACCAAAGACUCAUCUGGAGCUCAUGGCAGAGAUGAGGGACUACAAGAGGCGGCGCCAGUCCUACCGCGCCAAGAACGUACACAUCACAAAGAAGUCCUACACUGAGGUGAUCAGGGAGGUGAUCAACGUCCAUUCAGCAGAGCUCGCCAGACAGUGGAGAGAGGACGAAGAAGAGGAGGAGGAGUCAAUGAGAUCUGAGCCGUCUUCCCAUAGACGUUGGCAAGAUGAAAGGCGGUCAGCAUCGUCAGAGUCUCGCCACUCCCACAGCAGACGCCAUCGCAGCCGGGAUCGAAGCCAAGACAGAGAGAGCAAGAAGAAAAAGAAGAAGAGAGACAGGGAUUCCCGAUCUCCCAGCGAUCACCACCACGAACGAAAGAAGAAGAAAAAGAAAAAGAAAGACGAGAGGGAGAAGGAGAAGUGAAGGUGAUGGAUCAGCAAAAGUCAGAUCACAUGAGUUCAAAAAGUCACAGUGAUCAUGUCAAAAAGAAGCUGGGUGUCAUGACAUUUUAAGUUCAUAAACUGGAGGGUUUUGGGGAAUAAAUACCUGAAUAAAGUUUUUUUCUGAACCAA